AUGGCACACAAUUCACUCAACGUCCUGCGCUCCCGCUACGCCUCCUCACUCAAAGAAUUCAUCUCCUCUCCCCGCACCUUCGAAAUCCUAGACCGCGUUCCCAUCGAAUCCCACGAACGACGACCAGCCCAAAACGCCCGCUCCUUAUUCAUCCUAGACUCUUCCUUCAACCCUCCCACCGCCGCACAUUUAGAAAUCGCAUCUACCGCCCUGGAAGAAUCCCCCCGUUCAUCCAGACUGUUGUUAUUGCUGGCGACUCAGAAUGCCGAUAAACCAUCCAAACCGGCCUCAUUCGAGGAUCGGUUGAUCAUGAUGAAUCUGUUCGCGCAGGAACUCCGAACGCGUCUCCAGUCUUUCUUACCCUCGGUCCCCGCCGCGGAUUUACCUCAAGUCGAUAUUGGGGUGACUAAAAAUCCGUAUUUUGUGGACAAGGCAGCUGCAAUAGAGCAAUCCGGGGAGUACCCCGAGGAUCUGGAACAGGUUCAUUUGACGGGAUAUGAUACUCUGAUUCGUAUAUUCAAUCCGAAGUAUUACCCACCUACACAUACGUUACAACCAUUAGAGCCGUUUUUGUCGCGGCAUAGAUUGAGGGUUACGACGAGGCCGGAUGAUGAGUGGGGGAAUCUGAAGGAGCAGGAAGAAUAUUUGCGGCAUCUUGCGCAGGGUGGAAGGGAGCAGGAAGGCGGAAAACGCGAAUGGGCGGAGCGGAUUCAAUUGAUUCCAGGACGGAAGAUCGACGAGGUUCCUGUCAGCUCGACAAGGGCUCGGAAUGCGGCCCAAAGUAAGCAUACGCUGCUUCAUUCUUUGGUUCCCGCCGCUGUGAGCUCUUACAUCAUGGCGCAGGAACUAUAUCAGAAAUGA